AUGAUGAGGGAGGGUGAUGCAUGUGUUGCACUUCUGAGAAGCAAGCUCCAUGGCCUGAUCGAGAGGAACCACACUCUGGAAGAGGAGAACAAGCAACUGAGGCAUCAAGUCAGCCGUCUAAAAGGCCAAGUCUCCUCACUUGAAGGGCAGGAUACUGAGAGAAAGAUAAUGUGGAAGAAGCCGGAGAAUUCUGCCACCAGCAACAACUACUUCAAGGAAAAACAGUUUGUUCACAACAAUGAUGAUGUGAAGGAAGCUAUGGAUCUAAACAGCUCGGCAUGUUACAGCAGGCAGCAAUUUUCUAGGACACCGUCUGUGAAAUCAAGAGCACCAAGGGUUCCAAAUCCACCACCAAGUCCGACGUGCAUCCAACCGAUCAUCAAGGCAAAAAAGGAAGGAUCCAUGGGUCCUCCUCCUCCACCGCCACCUCCCCUACCUUCCAGAUUACUGAAGAGCACCAAGGGAGUCCAAAGGGUGCCAGAGGUAGUUGAGUUGUACCGGUUGUUAGUAAGAAGAGAAGGCAAAAGCGAUGCGAAGUCUGGAUCUGUGGGAAUUCCAGUAGCUACUAACAGCCGAGACAUGAUCGGGGAGAUAGAGAACAGAUCAGCUUAUGUUAUAGCUAUUAAAUCAGAUGUAGAAAAUCAGGGUGAAUUCAUUAGCUUCCUGGCAAGGGAAGUUCAGAAUGCAGCAUACAAGGAAAUAGCCGAUGUUGAAGAGUUUGUUAAGUGGCUAGAUGGGGAACUAUCAUACCUGAUAGACGAACGGGCAGUGCUCAAGCACUUCCCUAACUGGCCUGAGAAGAAAGCAGAUGCCAUGAGAGAAGCAGCAUUCACCUACCGGGAUCUGAAGAACCUGGAAGCAGAAGCAUCAUCAUUUCACGACGACAGGAGAGUGGCUACACCUAUGGCUUUGAAGCGCAUGCAAGCCCUACAGGAUAAAAUUGAACAAGGUAUUCACAAUACUGAAAAAAUAAGGGACAGUGCAAGUGGAAGAUACAAGGAUCUCAUGAUCCCAUGGGAUUGGAUGCUUGAUUCUGGAAUCAUAAGCCAACUAAAGGCCGCUUCAUUGAAGCUUGCAAAAGAAUACAUGAACCGCAUUAUGAAUGCACUGAAGUCCGACCCAUUUGUAAAUGAUGAGGAACUGCUCCUGCAAGGUGUCCGCUUUGCCUUCCGAAUACAUCAGCUUGCGGGUGGCUUUGAUGAAGGUUGCCGGAAAGCGUUCCAAGAACUCAAGACGUACGCAAGCAAGUCAGAGUGA